AUGAAACCUAACUUGAAGCAAUGGAAACAACUCAUGCUGUUUGGGAUUUUUGCAUGGGGUCUGCUUUUUCUGGUGAUAUUCAUCUAUUUUACAGAUAGCAACACUACUGAACCAGUUCCCAGUUCCUUUUCUUACAUUGAAACUAAGAGGCUUCUGCCCCUUCAGGGCAAGCAGAGAGUCAUCAUGGGAGCCAUACAUGAUCCAUCAUUCUCUGAAACCAUUGAUGGGAACGAGGUACUUCUUAAUGAAGAUCUCCUAGGUACAUUUAAAUCAGGGACUGGUAGUAUUAAGAAAUGGACUGAUUUGGAAGAUGCCUUUAGGAAUGAAGAUGAGUUUUUUCCAUCCCAGAUAGGAAGAAAAUCAAAAAGUGCUUUCUACCAAGUCAAUGAUGAUUAUUUAUUUGCUGCUGGUCAGCCUCGGCCACACAACCACCUACAAGAGAUAGCAAAAUUUGUCUCAGCUGAUGAGGAUAACCCAAAAGUAAAUAUUUUACAGAAUAACUGGAGCCAUCACAGAAGAAUGAGGAGGAGGAGCACAAAGCACAGGAGAAGCCAGCUGCUUGACGAAUCUGAUGACUGGGAUGGGCUAUAUCCCACAAUGUCGAAAUCCUUUCUCUACAAGCUUUGGAAAGGGGAUGUCUCUUCCAAGAUGCUAAACCCUCGACUGCAGAAGGCGAUGAAAGAUUAUUUGAGCACCAAUAAGCAUGGGGUGCGGUUCAAGGGGAAGCGAAACUCCAAGUUGACAGGAGACCAGCUAUUCUGCGAGCUGAAAGAAAGGGUGAAUGUGAAAACAAUAGAUGGCAAGGAGGCUCCCUUCUCCACUCUGGGAUGGGAAAAGCACGUUCCCCAAAUUCCACUGGGCAAAUUGUAUACACAUGGUUUUGGGAGCUGCGCCGUAGUUAUGUCUGCUGGUGCAAUACUGAACUCCUCUCUGGGGGAUGAAAUAGAUUCCCAUGAUGCCGUUCUAAGAUUUAAUUCUGCUCCAACACGUGGCUAUGAAAAAGAUGUUGGAAAUAAAACAACCAUGCGGAUCAUUAACUCUCAGAUUCUCACCAACCCAAACCAUCACUUUGUCGACAGCUCCCUGUACAAAGAUGUUAUCUUAGUAGCCUGGGAUCCGGCCCCCUACUCUGCAAAUCUGAACGUGUGGUAUAAGAAGCCUGACUACAAUCUAUUCACUCCCUACGUACAGCAUCGCAGGAGGAAUCCAAACCAGCCUUUUUACAUUCUGCAUCCAAAGUUUAUAUGGCAGCUCUGGGACAUCAUUCAGGAGAACACUAAAGAGAAGAUACAGCCCAACCCUCCUUCUUCAGGUUUUAUUGGUAUCCUCAUCAUGAUGUCCAUGUGUAAUGAAGUGCACGUGUAUGAAUACAUCCCUUCGGUCCGACAGACCGACCUAUGUCACUACCAUGAACUCUACUACGAUGCAGCGUGUACCUUAGGGGCCUACCACCCACUGCUCUACGAGAAGCUGUUGGUGCAGAGGAUGAACAAAGGUUUGCAGGAUGAUCUGUACCGGAAAGGGAAAGUCAUUUUGCCAGGGUUCAAAGCUGUCAAGUGCCCUGAACGAAACAAUUUCCCACGCUUGUAGAAUAGAGUCCUUCAGAAACAAUGUGCAAUAAGGUACUACUGUCGUACUAUAAACAAGAAAAGAAUACUUGAAAAAUGUAUCUUAGACCAAUCUAGUCUUGAGUCUAUAAAUUGUAAUUAAGUAGCAGGCAUGAGAAAUACUUCUUUUCUGAGCCUGAGUAUUUAUUACUGCUUUGCAAAUAGUUAAAGAAAAAAAAAAAGGCUUAGCUCAUGAAAGGUGCAAAGGACAUACUUAGGCAGAAAUAUAAUGUAUUGUUGUGGGUGUGACUGUCAGAAUUUGUCGGUGGUCUCUUAUGCCACAUAUGCUAGACUGUAACUUUUUUUUAAUGAAUUUAUUUAACUGUCAAACUUGGUAUUGUGAAACAGCCGCUAUUGUUCAUGUACAGAGCAGCCAGUUGAACAAAGCAGCAUUUCUCUUGGCUCUGCAGGAUUUUCAACUCUCUCCAAGAAUGAAGUAAUGGCUACUCUGAGCUGUGCAGCCAUUGACGAGAGCCGACUUUAAUUCCCCUUCAUAGGCAGGCUCAGUUACAGGCCUCCAACUCUACCGAAGGUCUUACGGUGGCCAUGAAGUCAGUGCAGAUGGCGACGGCUGUGCACACACCUAAACCAGUUAAACUACUGGACGUACUUUUGAUUCCAGACCCCCAUGCUCACACUGACUGCUUAGGGCAGAGGGAAA